CAACCUGAUAAGACGUCGCGAGAUGUCUGAAUGUUCCGAUACCGUCUGCUUGGUUCUCUAUAAAUGUGCAAGAAGUCAAGAAAAUCUUUCAGUCUUUUGUGAAAAAAUGUUUAGAUUGGUGAUUUUUGUGGUUUUUGCUGUGAAUUUUGUAAUCAUCACAGAAGGGAAACCAUUUACAAAGGAUGUGUCGCUGAAUGAUCGUCCGAUAAUUCAUACAAAUACGGGAUGGUUGCAAGGAACUACGGAAUCUUGUGGGCUCUUUUGUAGCUACUACAGCUUUAAAGGAAUUCCUUAUGCAGCUCCACCAACUGGUCAAAAUCGCUUUAGGGCACCUCGUCCUCAUCCUGGAUGGUCCGGUACAAGGGAUGCCUCUGAGCAUGGAGCCAGCUGUCCUGCUAAUUCACGACUUAAUCGCAUUGAAAGUGAAGAUUGUCUCUUCCUCAAUAUUUAUUCUCAAGAUCUUGUGGGUCGUCGUGCUGUAAUGGUGUGGAUUCAUGGGGGUGGCUUUGACUUUGGAAAUGGAGAUUCCUUCACAUAUGGACCUGAUCAUAUUGUAGAUGAUAAUGUCGUGAUGGUUACAAUCAAUUAUCGUCUUGGUGCCCUCGGUUUCCUUAGCACAGGGGAUCACCAUGCAACUGGUAAUUAUGGCCUCAAAGAUGCCGUCAUGGCUCUUCGAUGGAUUCGUGACAAUAUUGCCAACUUUGGUGGUGAUCCAGACAACGUAACAAUCUUUGGGAAGAGCGCCGGUGGCGCAGCUGUUCACUAUCUUCUCUUGUCCCCAAGUGCUCGUGGGCUAUUUCACAAAGCCAUAUCUCAGAGUGGAUCGGCUUUAAAUCCAUGGGCAAUUCAACCAAAUCCACGCGAAGCUGCCUUCCAACUUGCCACAGAUUUGGGACUCAAUAACAUUCAGACAAGUGAGCAAUUGAUAAAUGUUCUCCGAACAUUGGAUCCAAUGCAAUUAGUUGAUGCAGUACCUGGAAUGAUGGAAGCACCUAUUCCACGGGCAAAUCGCCCAAUUCGCUAUGUUCCAUGCGUUGAUCCUCCAGGAACAACUGGGGAAGAAGCUUUCCUUCCUCGUGCUCCAAUUGACAUAAUGCGCGAUGGAUCCUUCACUCAGGUACCCUACAUAACUGGCUAUACGAGUGCUGAGAGUCUCCUAAUGAUUCGCGAACUUCUCCUUGAUGCGAGUGUUUUCCCCACAAUUAAUGCCAAUCCACACAUGUUGGUACCUUACUGGUGGAACAUUCAAUCUGGAAGUGCAGCUUCUCAAUCAAUUUCACGCCAAUUUGCUGACUUCUAUUGGGGAGGUGUACCCCUCAAUAAUGAUAUUCGUGAGCAAUGGACUCACUACUUAACUGACCUCAUGUUUGUGUCGGGCAUUGACCAAACUGCCCGUCUUCAUGCAUCCCGUCAAUCACAGCCAGUCUUCUACUAUCGCUUCAGCUUCGAUGGGAGUCUGAAUUUGAUGAAGAGGCUCAUGUUGUUGACUGCCUAUCCAGGUGCAGUUCAUGCAGAUGAUAUUUUCUACCUUUUCUCCGUUACUAGCAUCCCUCCACCACUUCUGCCCACAAAUGAGGCGAUUGUGACACGUCGACGAAUGGUGAGGCUUUGGACGAAUUUUGCACGCUUUGGAAAUCCCACUGCCAAUCAGGAUACUCUCAUUCAAGUUAAUUGGCAACGAGUGGGUGGUGCACAGGAAUUUCUUGAUAUUGAUACUCAGCUGAGAUUCGACAGCAAUCCAUUCCAAGAGCGAAUGGCACUGUGGAAUCGCCUUGAGGCACAAUAUACUUAAAUAUGUUGGAUUUAUCAUAAUUAUCAGAGGCUUCUGAGAAUAUAUUGUUUGCAAAAUGA